AUGAGGGAGGCACCAUAUAAACCAACGAAAAACAUUGUUCUCUCACUCUACUACGCACAACAUCAAUCUCCAAUGCCUCCCCUGCUAUUAUUUUUCCUCUCCAUCCUCUUCCUCUUCACCUACUCCUACUCCUCCUCAGAAUCGAUUCCAUUUCGUUCUGAAUUGGAAGUUAAUCUCCUCUUUGAGGGUUGGUUAAUGAAACACAACAAGACUUACAAGGAAAACUCAUUUGAGAAAGCUAAGAGGUAUGACAUCUUCAAAGAUAAUCUUAGGUACAUUGAUGAACAUAAUGGGGGAAACCACACUUUCACUCUCUUCCUCAAUGUGUUUGCCGAUCUCACUGUUGAGGAGUAUAGAGAUACUUACUUGGGCAGUUUACCACCUCUUCCCAAAGAGACUGUGGGCAGUAACAGUGAUAUUUAUAAUGAUAAUUUCGAUGAUUUUGGUAGUGAAAUACCAAACUCCACGGAUUGGAGAGCGUCAGGCGCCGUCACUCCAGUCAAACAUCAAGGCGCUUGUUUUUGUUGUUGGGCUUUCGCGGCUGUUGCAACUGUAGAAGGUAUAAAUCAAAUCGUCACAGGAGAGUUGAUAUCUCUAUCCGUGCAACAAAUAGUAGAUUGUUACAGCAAAAGCUGCGACAGAGGUUACAUUGAUGACGCUUUAAAAUAUAUAAGAAGAAAUGGUGGCAUUGAUAGUGAUGUUGACUACCCAUAUAAUGCAACAUAUGAACAGUGUGAUAAAAAAAAGGAAGGUAAAAAAGUUGUGACAAUUGAUACUUACCAACAUCUUAGUGAGAACAAUGAACCGAGACUUAAGAUGGGAGUUGCUAAACAACCUGUAGCUGUCGGCAUUCAUGCUUAUGAACGAGCUUUUCAGUUAUAUGGUCAUGGAAUAUUUACUUCAAAGUGUGGGACAAGAAUUGAUCAUGCUGUAACUAUAGUAGGUUAUGGUAAUGAGGAUAAACUAGACUACUGGAUUAUUAAAAACUGUUGGGGAAAUUUUUGGGGAGAAGCCGGAUAUAUGAGAUUGGAGCGUAAUGUUGAAUCAAUAAAGGGCAAGUGCGGCAUCGCCCAAUAUCCAUAUAUCCCCUUAAAGAAAAAAAAGGCAAGCAGCUUAGAAUGAAGGCUUCGUUGAGCGCAAAUUUAUCCUAAAUUGACGUGCAUAUGCCAGUGAUGAGCUUAAAUUAAGGAAAUGGCUCUUAAUAAUGUUUUGAUGUCUGUAAGCAUUUGAACACUCCUAUGUAAAUAACGUUUCUUUUGUUUAAUCACUGUUUAAUAUAAACUACGCCUUUCCAGCACUGUUCAGUAUUGUUUAUAU